AUGGGAGCUGAAUCAUCACUCAGUACUCCACCUUCUCCCCGUUCCCAUGAUCCGUAUCUGGGUCUUCCCGUAAUUGGGAAUGGUAUGACUGGGUAUCAACCGGGGCCCCUCCAAGACCGCGAGGAUGUGGAAUACCUGAACGAAAUCAAUCAGCAAACUCUAGAGAAUGAAAUCCGGGUCCUUGAACGCCUGGGUAGCUAUCAAGGAAUUAUCACCUACUUCCGAACGUCCAAGUACGGGAUUGAGCUAGCCCUGGCACAAGGAAAUCUAGAAUCCUAUCUAGAAACCCAUCCCGAGCGCGAGAACCCCCUGAAAAUCAGCCGGAUGUCAACUCUCAUUGACACCUUCGCACAUGUCCACUCUCGCAGGGUAUUUGUAGAUGAUAUUGCACUUCGCAAUAUCCUAGUCCUGGAUGGGCAGCUUAAACUGGCAGAUUUCGGACAAUCCAUCUUAUUACCGCUGGAUGUCGAUAUCACGUCUGCAACUGAAAACGACUUGAAUAUUCAGAUUGAGAUCCUUCAUCUUGGCUGGGUUCUCUACUCCAUUGCGUCCUGGCGUGUCCAUAAAUACUAUUUCUUCAGCCCUGAGAACCCGGACCUCCAUUGGCCUGCACCAGACUCGUUCCCAAAGGUUGAUGAUGUUCUAUGGGGGCAAAUCGUCAAGAAGUGCUGGCGUGGCGAAUAUGCGGGCAUGGAUAAUGUGAAAGAUGAGGCUCGCCAAUUGCUCACUACGAGCGACUGA